AUGGCCGGCUUUGACUUCUAUAUAUGGCAGAUGGAGAGUAAAGAAGCUAUUAGGUUGUGCGCAUAUGUACACAGCCGACUUUUGAGUUAUUCUCCAAGGUCGUUUCCAAUGGAGAAAAGGAAGGAGGGGAAUAGCCAGUAUUAUGCAUCCGGUAUAACGUGGCGUUUCCUGUUGGUUGUCAUCGCGAGCGUUGAGGAGAGAACAGCGUCCAUGCUCCAAUGCCACUUGGGCAGCCCGGAGGUCCGGCAUGAUCAAGAUCUUACAAGAUCCGUGGGUGGCUGCCUGGUCUAUGUAACGUUUGUCUGGUGUGGGUUUCCGAAGGCUACCCGAGCAUUCUCCUGUCUGUCUGCCUGCCUGCCUGUCUGCCGAUCGGAAAAAGCAACGAUGGACCAGGAAGUCAAUUAA